CAUAUCGUCAAUGACUUGAAAAUAUAUUUGAGAACACUUAUGCUCUUUGGUUGAUAUUUUCAGAUUUUUCUCGAUGGGAUUCAAUUAUUUAGCGGUAUAUUUUGGCCUAAUAUGUUCAUGUAAUAGGUUAUAGUGCAGUGACAUAAUAGCACUUCAUAUAGCUAACGUGCUGAGAAAAAAAUCAGUAAGGAGUUACUCACUGAGGAUUGUUUUCACAGAUUCCCUUUUUACCUGUACUUUAGUAAUUUUUUUAUGACUACAUUUACUUGAGUAAAAUUAUUUUUGAAGUAACGCUACUCUUCCUUGAGUAACAUUUUUGACAACCCCACCUCUGCUCGCGACUUUCAAUAAUACUUAGAUUUUUGACAACUGCAAUAUAUUCACUCGUGGUAUUUGAACAGAACAGUCUGAUAUGCAAUAAUAUGGAAUAUAAUUAUGUAUUAUAAGAGCACCUGCGCGGUAUUGCGUUUAUACACUGUUUUUCACAAAAGCGUUUUGCCGAAAAAUCGGAAAUGCGAUCCUGAAUAAUGUUCGAAGUGAGCCCUCUUGUUCUAUAAAUCUUCAUGCAUUCUUUGUCUUGACGUGGCGCUUCCGCCAUGUUGUUUUGCUUCGUUGUCAAGCUCUGCAACAUUCACGCCCACUGGAGUGAACGCCGCACAAUUCACGCGUUCUAAGUGAGAACGUGAAGUGUGAACACGUGAACCUAACAAAGCGUGUGACAGUGCGGCGGCAUUGCCAUGGCGACCUUCCCCGAGUACAUCGCCCAGAAUGAGGAACGGGACGGCGUGCGCUUCAGCUGGAACGUGUGGCCGUCCAGCCGUUUAGAGGCUACCCGCAUGGUGGUGCCCGUGGCCGCGCUCUUCACGCCGCUCAAAGAGCGACCCGACCUGCCGCCCAUCCAGUACGAACCGGUGCUGUGCAGCCGUGCCACCUGCCGCGCCGUACUCAACCCGCUCUGCCAAGUGGACUACCGGGCCAAGCUGUGGGCGUGUAACUUUUGCUACCAGAGGAAUCAGUUUCCGCCGUCCUACUCGGGCAUCACGGAGGUCAACCAGCCGGCUGAGCUGCUGCCUCAGUUCUCCACUAUUGAGUACGUGGUUCAGCGCGGCCCCCAGAUGCCACUGGUGUUCCUGUAUGUGGUGGACACGUGCAUGGAGGACGAGGACCUGCAGGCCCUGAAGGAGUCCUUGCAGAUGUCCUUGUCCUUGCUCCCGCCCACGGCGCUGGUGGGGCUCAUAACCUUUGGUCGCAUCGUCCACGUUCAUGAGCUGGGCUGCGAGGGAAUCUCCAAGAGUUACGUCUUCAAGGGGACCAAAGACCUCAGCGCCAAGCAGCUGCAGGAGAUGCUGGGUCUGUCCAAACCGGUGGCCUCUUCCCAGGGACGAGGACCACAAACUCCCCAACAGCCGCAGUGCAACAGGUUCCUGCAGUCUGUCCAGAAGGUGGACAUGAACCUAACUGAUCUGCUGGGGGAACUGCAGCGCGACUCCUGGCCCGUGGUCCAGGGUAAGAGGCCUCUGCGCUCCCUGGGCGUGGCAAUGUCCAUAGCCGUCGGCCUGCUGGAGUGCACUUUCCCCAACACGGGCGCACGCAUUAUGACCUUCAUCGGAGGUCCGGCCACACAGGGUCCUGGCAUGGUGGUGGGGGACGAGCUGAAGACACCCAUCCGGUCUUGGCACGAUAUUGAAAAAGACAACGCCAAGUUCAUGAAGAAAGCUGCCAAGCAUUACGAGUCGCUGGCUAGUCGGGCGUCGGCCAGCGGUCACGUGAUGGACAUCUACGCUUGUUCGCUGGAUCAGACCGGACUUCUGGAGAUGAAAUGCUGCGCCAACAAUACUGGGGGUUACAUGGUGAUGGCCGACUCUUUCAACACGUCGUUGUUCAAGCAAACCUUCCAGAGAGUCUUCUCCAAGGACGUUCAAGGCUCCUUCAAGAUGGCCUUCGCCGCCACACUGGAAGUCAAGACAUCUAGAGAGGUGAAAGUGUCUGGUGCCAUAGGACCCUGUGUGUCGCUCAAUGCCAAAGGACCCUGCGUCUCCGAAAAUGAGAUAGGCAGCGGUGGAACGUGUCAGUGGAAAAUGUGCGGUCUGGACCCAAGCACCACCCUGGCGCUAUACUUUGAGGUGGUCAAUCAGCACAACGCUCCCAUCCCUCAAGGCGGCCGUGGAGCGCUGCAGUUCGUCACGCAGUACCAGCACGCGUCAGGACAGCGACGCAUACGAGUCACCACCAUCGCCAGGAACUGGGCGGAUGCGCAGACUCAAAUCCAAAGCAUCGCCGCGUCCUUCGAUCAAGAAGCGGCAGCCAUUCUAAUGGCACGUCUGGCGGUGUACCGCGCCGACACGGAGGAGGGGCCCGACGUCCUCCGCUGGUUGGACCGGCAGCUUAUCAGACUGUGUCAAAAGUUUGGCGAUUACCACAAAGACGAUCCCAACUCCUUCAGGUUUUCCGAGACCUUCUCGUUGUACCCUCAGUUCAUGUUCCACCUGAGACGCUCACCCUUCCUGCAAGUGUUCAACAACAGUCCGGACGAGAGCUCGUACUACCGUCAUCAAUUCAACCGCCACGAACUCACACAGGCGCUCAUCAUGAUCCAGCCUGUCCUCUACGCGUACUCCUUCCAGGGACCGCCCGAGCCGGUGUUGUUGGACAGCAGCAGCAUUCUUCCGGAUCGCAUCCUGCUCAUGGACACCUUCUUCCAGAUCCUCAUCUACCACGGAGAGACGGUGUCUCAAUGGAGGAAAGCAGGCUACCAAGAGAUGCCCGAGUACGAGAACUUCAGGCACCUUCUUCAAGCGCCGGUUGACGACGCCCAGGAGCUGCUGCACACGCGCUUCCCCAUGCCCAGAUACAUUGACACCGAGCACAACGGCAGCCAGGCUCGCUUCCUGCUCUCGAAAGUCAACCCCUCGCAGACACACAACAACAUGUACACUUGGGGACAGGAGUCAGGGGCACCCAUCCUGACGGAUGAUGUCAGCCUGCAGGUCUUCAUGGACCACCUGAAGAAGCUGGCCGUGUCCAGCGCGGCCUAAUACACAAACACUCUUGCUUUCUUCUUCUGCAUUUGCUGCCUGAAGCCACCGUCAGUCACGUAUUGUGUGACAUCUUCUUGUUUGCUCGAUGGAUCACGUGUCGGUAACGUGCCGUCUCAUGUCCGUUCUCUUUUGUUCUAAUAAAUCUUUUGGAAUUUACAACUUUCUCGGGUCUUGGACCUUUUGUAAAGAUUUAUGGAACAUUCCUGGAUUCGGAAUAUAUCUGCGUGGAUCUUUUUCAUGGAAUUCUUUUUGCAUCUUUUUAACCUUGUGGACUAUUUAUGGACUUGUAUUGACCGCUGUCCAGCGCUUUAAAGAAGCUGUAAGAUUGGUGGUUAAAAAUGGUGCUGCAACCAGGAUCAAAUAUUGAAGAGCACAACAUUUAGACUGUCAGAUAACGACACACGAAGCUAUGAUCAUGUGAACACAAAGUAUGUGUAGUCUACAACCUAUGUCUUUUACAUACCGACAAUUAAAUGAGUACAUGUUACAGUCUUCAAACAUAAUGCGUUCAAAUACCACAAUAUACAUAUAGCGGAAAACACUCAGGUGACUUGAAGUUUCGCUCUGAGACCCCCAAUUUGGCCAAAUUUAAAAUUGUCCUAUAUGCAUGUGUGAUACAUCAUUGGAAAGCUUAAAAUAUCCAUUUUCUGGGGGAAGAAAUUUUUGAACAGGAGGGCAUUUUUUUUUUUUUUUUUUUAAAUGUUUUUUAAACGGCAAAACCCUAUCUGGAGGCGAGAGCACGCGCGAGCAGAAUUACAGAUGCCAUGACUUUAACGAGAUAUUAUCGCGUACUUACCUUGUUUUGAUCCAUGUAGCAUGUAUCGCUGAGUGUCAAGACACAGUUGUGAAUGCCCACAGCUGGAUUUUUUGGGGAUUUUAUGGGUGAAACAUGGCAAUAUAACAAGGGUCGCGAUGCAGAAAUCGCAGACAUCAAGGAGUGGUCGAGAUUUUCUUUUUCUUAUAUUUACUAGGGUUGUUCCGAUCAUGUUUUUUUGCUCCCGAUCCGAUCCCGAUUGUUUUAGUUUGAGUAUCUGCCGAUCCCGAUAGUUCCCGAUCCGAUUGCUUUUGUUUGCUCCUGAUUCAAUUGCAAUCAUUCCCGAUAAUUUUUCCUGAUCAUAUACAUUUUGGCAAUGCAUUAAGAAAAAAAUGAAUAAAACUCAGACGAAUAUAUACAUUCAACAUACAGUACAUAAGUACCGUAUUUGUUUAUUAUGACAGUAAAUCCUCAAGAUGGCAUUUACAUUAUUAACAUUCUUUCGGUGAGAGGGAUCCACGGCUAGAAAGACUUGUAAUUCUUAAAAGAUAAAUGUGACUUUGUAUAUUGUGACUAAAUAUUGCCAUCUAGUGUAUUUGUUGAGCUUUCAGUAAAUGAUACUGUAGCCAUUUAACUUCUGCCCAAAUGCAUGAUGGGAAGUGCAACCAUGACUGUGCGUCGUGGUACCAAUUGAUAUAUCUUCUCUGCGUUGGGAAAUACCAUAGGGUGUUAAGAAAAAGAUCAACUACUACCUUUCUUCCCCACAUUGCUUCCCACAAUUAUUGUAAUCGUUGGGAGAGGGAUUGUAAGGUUUUAGCCAUUUAAAAAAAGGCUCCAAAGGCUGCCAAAAUUCUCUCUACUCAUUUUACGCUGCCUUUUAGCUCUAUAUACUGAAUGGGUAAAAUGGCGCCAUUAUAGAUUGAACGCAACAAUGCGUGAGUGGGUCGUGCAGCGCAUGCGUUAAUUGCGUUAAAUAUUGUAACGUGAUAAAUGUAAAAAACAUUAAUUCUCGCCGUUAACGCGAUAAAUUUGAUAACCCUACCUUGAGCUUAAACUAAAGCCUCUGGAAGAGUGUAACACAUUAUGUCUGUAACGUUAAAUACAAUUAGAAAACGAUUUAAUUAAAAAAUAAAUAUAUAUUCAAAAAAGGCAUGUCCGAUAUUUUUUUGCCGAUUCCGAUACUUUGAAUUGAUUGACGUGAU